AUGGAUAACAUUUAACAAAUAUUAGAUAAUCUCAAGGAGGAUUAAGAAAGUAAAUUAGUUCCAUUAUCAUAAUAGUCAUCAUUAAAGAAAAUAAAUGUAGUAAUUGUGAUAAAACUUGUAAAACUAAAAUUUCUAUCAAAAAUAUACCUAAUUUUUAACAUAUUUUUAUAAUCUCAUUUAAUUGUCAAUAAUGUGGAUAUAAAAAUGAUGAAGUGUAAUUUAAAAAAGAAAAAUAAGAAAAGGGUAUAAAAUUAUAAUUAAAAAUUGAUAAUCCUUAAGUAUGACUUAUUUAAAUAUUAUAGUUACUUUAAUAUAGAAUAAUUAGAUCUUAACAAUGCAAAGUAUCCAUACCUGAAUUAGAAUUUUAAAUGUCAACCAAUAAGAAGAGUUGUAUUAAUACUUUAGAGGGAUUUAUCUAAAAUAUAAUUGAUGAAUUAUCAAGAGAUUAAAUUGAGAGAAAGAAUUGUUAAGGAGAGUUAUAUUCAGGCAUACAAUAUAUUAUAGAGAAUCUACAAUAAUAUCAAUAAAAUAAGAGACUCCCAUUUCAUUGGAAUAUGGAUGAUCCAUCAGGUAAUAGCUUUAUAAUAAGUCUUAAUUAAUCUCUAUAAGAUGAUAAUUUAAAUAUUCAAUAUUAUACAAGAGAUGAAGAUGAAUUUGAAACUAUUUUUAAAAAGUAGGAAAAUCCUUAAUAAAAGGAUAAAAUUUAAGAGGAAUCAAAACCCAAAUAGUAAUUUUACUUAAAGAUAAGAGGACUACCAUUUUAAUGUACAAAAUCAGAUUUAAUAAAUUUUUUGGAAAUGCCUCGUCUCAAAAAAGAAAUGUUGACUAUGAAAUUUUAAUAAAAUGGUUUGUUUACUGGUGAAGCAUAUGUUUAAGUAAAUUCAAUUGAAGAUCUUGAAUAUUUAAGAACAUUUCAUAAAUCAUAAAUGGAUCAUCGUUAUCUUGAAAUAUUUAAUAGUUGUUUUGAUGAGUUUAAUAAAGCAUAAAAAUCAAAUCAAUAUUUAAAAAAGAUCAAUCCUUAAAUUGCAUCUGAAGUAGGUAAUAUAAAUGAAGAAAAUGAAUAUCAAUGUUAAUAACAAGGAGUACUUAAGUUAAGAGGACUGCCAUGGUCAAGUACUGAAUAGGAUGUAAGAACUUUCUUUAAGAGUAACAAUUUAUAUAUAUUAUUUUAGAUAAUUCAAAGAUUAAAACAAUUAAAUUUUUAUAUGAUGAUACUGGGAAAGCCAAAGGGUAGUGUUUUGUCUUAGUAAAGAAUUUGGAAACAGCUGAAAAAUUGAAAUAAAAAUACCAUAAGAAAUCAUUGGGUUCACGUUAUAUAGAAGUAUAAAUAAUUAUAUUAAAUAGGUUUUUAUAUGUACUCAAAGAGAAUAUCUUGCAUGUUUUCAAAAGAGCUUUUCUGAGAGAAAGAGAAGUAUAAGUCCUUGA